CUGGGGAGGAUGCGACUGCUGCUGGUGGUGGCGAGUGUGUGGCUGGUGGCCGCCGUGGGGCAGGCAGGGGCCAAGCCGCCCAACAUCGUCUUCAUCGUCGCCGACGACAUGGGCUGGAACGACGUGAGCUUCCACGGCUCGGACCAGGUGCCCACGCCCAACAUCGACGCCUUGGCGUACCACGGGGUGAUCCUCAACGGCCACUACGUGCAGCCAGUCUGCACGCCGUCCCGGUCGGCCAUCAUGACCGGGAAGUACCCCGUCCGACUGGGCAUGCAGGGCCACGUUAUCCUGGGGGACGAGGUGCACGCGCUGCCCGAGGGCAAGAUCCUGCCGCAGUACCUCAAGGACCUGGGCUACGUCACCAGGGCCAUCGGCAAGUGGCACCUGGGCCACUACUCCAAGGUCUACACGCCCACCUACCGCGGGUUCGACUCCCACCUCGGCUACUGGAACGCCGGCGUCGGAUACUACGACUACAUAUUUGCAGACCAGGGUGCCCACGGGUACGACCUGCGCGAGAACCUGACGACGGCGUGGCAGUACAACGGCAAGUACGCGACGGACGUGUUCACCGAGGAGGCGGAGCGGCUGAUCCGGGAGCACGACACGGAGCGGCCGCUGUUCCUCUACUUCGCGCACCUCGCCUGCCACCCCGGGGACCACUCGCAGCUCAUCAACGCCCCGCAGGACCUCAUCAACAGCUUCUCCUACAUCUCGCACCCCGACCGCCGCAUACUCGCAGCGGUGAUGGCGAAGAUGGACGAGUCGGUGGGGCGUGUGGUGACAGCCCUGCACGAGCGCGACAUGCUCAACAACUCCAUCAUAGUGUUCGUCGCCGACAACGGGGCGGGCAGCGACGUCAACUGGGGGUCCAACUUCCCGUUCAGAGGCAUAAAGAACAGCCUGUGGGAAGGCGCAGUGCACGGUGUGGCUGCUGUAUGGAGCCCGCUGCUGCAGAACACGUCCAGGGUGGACCACGAGCUGAUGCACAUAUCGGACUGGCUGCCCACGCUGUACGCCGCAGCAGGAGGUAAUGCGUCAGACCUGCCGGACGACCUGGACGGCGUGAACAUGUGGCCGCGGCUGGUCUCUGGAGAGCCCAGCCAGCGCACGGAGAUACUCCUCAACUACGACGAGGUGGCCGAGAACGGCGCCGUCCGCGUCGGCGACUGGAAGCUCGUCAAAGGUGUGCAGAACAACGACUACUACGCCGGGGCAAGCGGCGCUGAGGACCCGCUGUUCACGCCAGCCUACGACCCAGAGGAGGUGCUGGCCAGUCCAGUGGGGCAGGCGCUCUCCAGCGUGGUCGUGGCGUCCCCGGAGGCGGAGGACGUGCUGCGGCUGCGCGCUGAGGCGACCGUGUCCUGCCCGGAGCGGCCCGCCCACGGACUGUGCAACAUCACGAGCACCAGCGGCUGGUGCGUCUUCAACAUCAGGCAGGACCCGUGCGAGGCGGGCGACGGUGCGCCUGCUGACAUGCCGGAGGGCCUUGUGGACAAUCUGCUGGAGCGGCUGGAGACGCUGUCGCAGCCGCUGAUGCCGCAGCCGGGGGCCAACGUCACGCAGACCGACCUGGCCGACCCCAAGCGCUGGAACAACACCUGGGUGCCCUGGGUCGACUGCAUCGCCGACAACGCAGACCCCAUGUGCAACGUCGUCACGUAG